AUGGCCCCAGGAGCACCCCGUGGAAAGAGAAAGGUAGUCCGUGGCCGUGGCCGUGACUUCUCGAGAAACCUCCAACCCCUCGACCGCGAAGAAGGUUCCGGCGAAAUCGAGGGCAUGUGGGCUGACCCCCGCGACCCCAAACCCGCCGUCGAGUCCUCUUCCGAAGAGGAAGAGUCUGACGACGACGACGAUGAACCCGUCAACAAAGCUGAGAUGACCCGCGAAGAACGUAAAGCCGCCGACAAGGCUCGCAAAGCCGCCGCCCUUGCCCGUAAAGCUGCUUCCGCGCCCGAGCCAGGCGAUCUCCCGUCCGGCUCCGAGGAUGAGGACGAUGAGCCUGCACCAGUUGUCAAGAAGAAGGCGCCUAUCGCGGUAGCGAACCCUAACGCUGCGGGAGUUGUGGACUCGGCACUGAACAGGAAGGAGAGGGAGGCGGUUGAGGCCGCUGCCGCAAAGGAGAGGUAUUGGAAGUUGCAGGAGCAGGGAAAGACGGAUCAGGCCAGGGCGGAUAUGGCUAGGUUGGCCAUUAUUAGACAGGAAAGAGAUGAGAAAGCGAGGCAGAGGAAAGCCGAACUCGAAGAGAGGAAGGCAGCGGCAGAGGCAAAAGCUUCUUCGUCUGGCCGAAGAAAAUAG